AUGCAAGAAAAUCCCAGUAUUUAUGAGAAACUCUGCAAUCUUCUGACGUGUCUACCGGAGCGAGAAGCCCAAUGUAUCUUUCGCAGGCUUCGCGAGGGCGCCGAUGUUGCCAUAACUAUGCAACAGGCGAAAGACGGCGGCUUUCCGCUGCAGCCAGCAUGGGCACCAGAGACACGACUUCAUUAUGAGUUUCCUUAUUCCACUUCCAUGCCUGCUGCUCUGUUAUCACCGGACAACCCGUAUCUCGGCUCCGCAGUGUUCGAAGUUACGUCUCACGCUCUGCCGCUGUCAGCAGAGCAAACGGAGGCUUGGGUAAACGGGUCUAAGACCAUCUACACGACACCGUAUAACAUAGCAGAAUUGAUGGACCCUUACAUACCGAACAUUAAAAUUUCCAACUGGACAUCAGUUGAGACAGACGAUGAGUUGCUGCGAGCACUCUUGCGAGAAUACUUUCUCCAUGACUAUGCGAAUUACACUUGUUUUCAGAAAGACAUCUUUCUCCAAGCAAUGAGAGACAACGAUACUCAACUUUGUUCUCCCUUACUUGUCAACGCUGUCCUGGCUGAAGCAUGCCAUAGUUAUCGUAAAGUCACCCGCCGUGCCCAGUACUGGAGACCAGAAACUCUGGGCUACAGGUUCCUCGCAGAGACGAAACGACUCUGGGCGUUAGAGACCGGUAAGAGCAAGCUCACUACUCUACAUGCCGCAAUGGUGUUGCAUAUCAUCUAUACCAUGAAUGGGAUGGAUCAGGUCGGCAUAUCUUAUCUACUCCAGUCGGUUCGGUUGGCGCAGAACCUGAAGCUUUUUGCACCCGAGAAAACGGAAGGGAGAAUGAGGACUGCCCGUGUAUUUACUGCUUGGUCCCUAUAUCGCUGGCAAUCAUUGCAGGCCUCCCAUAAUAUGAGGGCUCCUCUGAUAAGAGGACCUCCAGUGACACCUAUGCCAGACCCAGACGAGGAUCCCUCGUGGUUUGGGGAACUCUGGUUAAGAUACCCGCCCAGUUUGACACUGGUACCAAUGCAUUUUGGAUAUGUCUAUCGAGCUCAAACAGAACUACGCCGUAUUGCAAAUGACAUUGCCUGUCUUAUGUUUACGGGCCAAAAAACAGCGCAGAGUUUGCCAGCAAGCGAACUUGACCGCUUACAAAAGGUGCUCAACGACUGGUACAUUGCUCUCCCAGAACCCAUCAAGUCGCACAAGGCGGUGCUACCGUGCCAACUCACAAUGCACAUGGAGUACUGCGUUCUACUCCUUAAUGUCGCCCAAAUGGUACAAGAGAUGAAGCCGCCACGCUUAUUGACAGGUGGUAAAGCCAUUAAUAAUAACACUCAACCUUCUAAGGCUGUUGUAUACGCUUUAAGAUGCCUUGAAACUGUACUUCGCCUCUACUACCUACGCCAUAGCUUCGAGCACGGCGACACUUACCUGACCUAUUUCCUCUCCAUCCUAGCAAAUACGACCAUCAAGAACCUGAAUAGGGACUCGGUAUCCCCGGAUGAUGUGGAAACUCUGAAGGUUCUGCGUGCAACGCUUCUCCUCGCUGUUAAAGGUCUCUAUGAACAAGGCCAGCACGUAUUCGUCUCGUCCACCAUGUGCCGGCUUAUACAGGACCGCAUGACGAAGGAAGACAUGAACGCACUGCGGCGACACACGACGUGGAAGGACGACCAACCGCUUGUCCCACACUCUGUUACAUCGACGUUUCCGGUGACAAUUGUGACGCUGGAAGAGGAUUGGCAGAUGGGGACGAUAGAGAAUCUGGUCAGGAAGUAUGAUCAGUUGGCACUCGAGGCGAAUGAGAAUGAAAGCAGUAUGGCCAUCACGCCGGAUAGGAAGUCCGAACAGGCUGGAUGA